UCACGAGAUCCAUUACAUCCCGUCGGUGCUGCUGGGUCCACCGUCGCGAGACUUCCGCUCCUCCAAGUUGCAGCCUCACAGCUCGGUGCUGAGGAUGUCCAUCCGGGAGACCCCGAUUCUGGAUGAUUAUGACUGCGACGAGGAAGAUACCCCGAGGUGUACGGGAAGAAGGGCUCAGGUGGAGCGCAAAAAGCAGGCCACCCAAGGGAAGGAGGACAAGAGGCACCUACAGAAAAGAGGUGCCCUGAAGAGCCCGCUGAGCCGCACGGCCCUGACACUGGUCGGGGUGAGCGCCUGCGUCCUGGCCGUGGUGUGCGGCUCGCAGAUACCCUGCUCUCUCACCGUGAAGAUCACACUACACGUGCCGGAACAUUUCAUCGCCGAUGGCAGCAGCUUCGUGAUCACAGAGGGCAGCUAUCUUGAUAUAUCGAACUGGGUCAACCCGGCCCAGCUGUUUCUCUACUAUCAAGUGAACGCCACCUCGCCGUGGGUGCGGGAUCUCUGCGGCCAAAGGACUAUAGACACCUGUGAGCAGAUGUGUGACCCAGAGACAGGUGAAUGUAGCUGCCAUGAAGGUUACGCUCCAGAUCCAAACCAUCCACACUUGUGUAUACGCAGUGACUGGGGACAGAGUCAAGGCCCAUGGCCGUACAACACCCUGGAAAGAGGUUACGAUUUGGUGACUGGACAGCAAGCCCCUGAGAAGACCCUCAGGUCCACAUACAGCUUGGGGCAAGGUGUAUGGCUGCCUGUCAGCAAAAGCUUUGUGGUCCCUCCGAUGGAGCUGUCUAUCAGUCCACUGGCCAGCUGCAAAACAGAUGUCCUGGUCACGGAAGAUCCUGGUGAUGUCCGGCAAGAAUCUCUUUUGUCAACCCACUUUGAAUCAGUUGAUGACCUGCUCUCUUCCUUUGGACCAGUUCGCGAUUGCUCGUUCAGUAACGGAGGCUGUUCGCGUAAUUUCAAGUGCGUCUCAGAGCGCAAAGUGGACUCCACUGGAUGUGUGUGUCCUGCAGGUCUGAAGCCGAUGAAGGAUGAAAGCGGCUGCUAUGACUAUAGCAAAGGAAUUGACUGCUCAGAUGGAUCCAAUGGAGGCUGCGAACAAUUAUGUCUACAACAGACGAUUUCCCUCCCCAAUGAUCCAAGCGAGAGUGCGAUAUACAUGUUUUGCGGCUGUGUUGAGGAAUAUCGUUUAGCUAUCGACGGCAGAACUUGCAUUCUGGUAUCGGAUAUCUGUGAAGGCGCCAAGUGUUUACGGCCAGAAAGUCACCUGAACAACACACUGUUUGGAGAGAUGCUUCACGGGUUUGACAACAAGACCCAAAGAGUCAAUCAAGGUCAAGUUUUUCAGAUGAGUUUCAGGGAGAAUAACUUCAUUAAAGAUUUCCCACAGCUGGCAGAUGGACUACUUGUCAUCCCACUCCCUGUAGAGGAACAGUGCAGAGGUGUCCUCUCGGAGCCAAGACCUGACAUAUUACUUCUUACAGGUGAAGUGCGGUAUAACGAAGCCAUGGGAUAUCCUGUAGUCCAGCAAUGGAGGGUGCGGAGUAACUUGUACAAAGUCAAACUCAAUUCAAUAUCACUGUCCGCAGGGUUUGCCAAUGUUCUGAAGGUCAUAAGUUCUCACAGUAGUCGGGAAGAGCUGCAGAGCAUACUCCAAACAUAUGGCACGCAUUAUAUUUCGGAGGCACUCUACGGUUCAGAGCUCACCUGUACCAUCCGAUUCCCAAGCAAGAAAGUCCAGCAACAACUUUGGCUGCAGUACCAAAAGGAAACAACUGAACUGGGCAGCAAGAAGGAGCUGAAAUCGAUGCCGUUCAUCACUUACCUCUCAGGGCUGCUGACUGCUCAAAUGCUGUCUGAUGACCAACUCAUUAUGGGAGUCGAAAUCCACUGCGAGGAGAAGGGCCGCUGCCCGGCAAGCUGCCACUUGUGUCGACGAGCUGGCAAGGAGCAAGUCAGCCCUAUCCCAGUUCUCUUGGAAAUUAACCGGAUCACUCCUCUGUAUAAUUUAAUUCAAGAUAAUGCUACACGAGAGGUCUUCAAAAAUGCAUUCAUGAGCUUGUACUGGUGUUCCGGGAAGGGAGAAGUCAUCGAAGAUUGGUGUCGGUGUGAUCUUACUGCCUUCGAUGAGAAUGGAUUGCCCAACUGCAGCCCCCUUCUUCCACCCGUGUUUCGGCUUUCUCCCAGUAUGGAGCCUUCCAGCAAUGUGGUGGCUCUUGAAUGGCUCGAUGUCCAAGCGCCUAUAGGAACCAAAGUCUCCGAUUAUAUCCUCCAUCAUAAGAAAGUUGAUGAGUACACAGACACGGAGCUGUACACGGGGGAGUCUCUGAGCCUCACUGAUGAUUUAUUGUCUGGAUUGGGCACGGCUUGUAUUUCAGCUGGCAGGAGCCAUGGUGGAACUGCAGACAAAAACCUCUACUCUGUCAUCUUCAAGUGCCUGGAGGCAGACAGUCUUUACAAGUUCAGUUUAUUUGCUGUGGAUACUCAUGGAAGACACUCAGCCCAAAGCCUGGUCACCCUACGCACUGCUUGCUCGUUAGUGGAUGAUAGUAAAGCCGAAGAAAUUGCGGACAGAAUUUACACUCUGUACAAUGGAUACACCAGCGGGAAGGAGCAGCAGAUAGCCUACAACACGUUGAUGGAAGUGUCUGCGUCAAUGCUUUUUCGAGUCCAGCAUCACUAUAACGCGCUCUACGAGAAGUUCGGAGACUUUGUGUGGAGAAGCGAAGAUGAGCUGGGACCCCGCAAAGCCCACUUGGUCCUCCGAAGACUUGAAAGAGUAAGCAGCCAUUGCUCCGGACUCCUCAGAAGCGCGCACAUCCAACGCCGGAUAGACAACAUUCCUUACCUAAUCUGCCACAGCGAAGACCUGCGGACCUCAGGCUUCGUUUUGUACAGCAUUUUAAAAGACAGCAAAUUCACGUGCGAAGAGAAAAUGGUCUCCAUGCCUCGGAACACUUACGGAGACUCCAAGGGCCGAUAAUCGCGGGGCCAAGGAACCAACCUCGCUCCGAAGGGACUGGCAAGAGCUCUGAUGGUCGUGCCAGGGUAAAACGUCAUAAGCAGCCAAGAAACAGUGACUUUUAUUACUUGAGGACCGAUAAGGUGCUAUGGAGAUACAUACUCAUUUUUAAGAAACCUUCAAAAA